UAAACCCAGGUUACCCAAGGGCUCUAGAUAAUGUUUAUAACAUGCUGUUUAAUCUGUUUCUUUUGCGCGACCAUCUGUUACUAUGAGAUUUGGGGAAUGGCCCCUCAUAGUCCCGGAUUGCAAUAAAUGUGACUCUUUAAUUCGACUUCUUGAGGCAUCCUUCUGUGACAGGGUACAUUACAACAUGAGGAAAAUAAAAUAAAAGGAUAGCAUGACCUUUGAGUAGUUUUAGACAUUGGAACAUCUAACCUAGGAUGGGAAGUUAGACAGGCUUCCUGAAGCGUGGGUACAUUGAGGGGGUGAGGCUGAUGGGAGGUAGUGACUGAGAAAGAAGAGAACUUUAGAUGGGGAGUCAGGAGGAUCUCUUUUAAAGGGUAACACCUGCCCUGACCCCUGGGCAGUGUGGCUCAGUUGGUUGAGCAUCAUCCAGUGCACCAAAAAGUCACUGGUUUGAGUCCCUGUCAGGGCACAUGCCCAGGUUGUGGGCUUGAUGCCCUGUAGGGAUGUGUGCAAGACAACCUAUUGAUAUUUCUCUCUCUCCCUCUCCUUUCCUUUCUCUCUAAAAUCAAUAAAAAACAUGUUUUUUUAAAAUAAAUAAAAAUAAAGGGCAACACCUGAGGGAAACCAAGAGGCAGCCAGCUGAGGGGAGGCCUCCGCAGAGCUUCCAGGCAUAAAGGAACAGCUGGGGUAACUAUGGGGAACGGGGUGUAUGUCAAGGAACAGCAGGGAGCCAGUGUGCUUAGGGAGAGCGAAGGGCUUUGAGGACCAGUGUAAAAAGUUGGAUUCCAUUCUAGACGCCAGCGGUGGCAUUGGAAUGGUGGUGCACAGUGUGCAGACAGCACACCUCCCCUGGGAUGGGAUGGGCCCUUUGCGCCACCGCCUCUGUGACAUCACUGGACUGUGACGUCACGGCAGAAAACUGGUGCCCCACUAGCCCCGCGCCCCGCGUCGCAUAACAUCGCGGCGAGUCCCUGGGCAGCCAGGCCAUGAAAUUUUAGGAGGCCAUGCGGAAGCGCGACAUCGUCCUCACCAAUGUCACCGUGGUCCAGCUGCUACGACAGCCAUGCCCCGUAACCAGACGACCACCACCACCACCACCACCCAAAGUUGAGCCAGAGCCAGAGCCAGAGCCAGAGCCAGAGCCAGAGCCAGUUGCAGAGCCAGAACCAGAACCAGAACCAGAACCAGAGCCGGAGUUCUCAAGGAGGAAGCCCCACCUUCUCCACCUCAACCACCUACACCACUGCAACAACUUAUACCGCCUCCUCCACUUCCUCCACCUUCUUCUCCCCUUCAGAAGAUUUGGACGUAUCGGUCGCCUGGUGCUGCGAGCCUGCAUGCAGAAAGGCGUUAAGGUGGUGGCAGUGAAUGAUCCAUUCAUUGACCCGGAAUACAUGGUGUACAUGUUUAAGUAUGACUCCACCCAUGGCCGAUACAAGGGGACUGUGGAAUACAAGAAUGGACGGCUGGUUGUGGAUAAACAGGAGAUCAGUGUCUUCCAGUGCAAGCAGCCCAAAGAGAUCCCCUGGAAGUCUGUUGGAAGCCCCUUUGUAGUGGAGUCCACAGGAGUGUACCUGUCCCAAGAGGAAGCUUCCAACCACAUCCAGGCAGGUGCCUUACGUGUGGUCAUCAGCGCACCCUCACCAGAUGCACCCAUGUUUGUCAUGGGGGUGAAUGAAAAGGACUAUAAUCCUGAUUCCAUGAAAGUUGUCAGCAAUGCAUCCUGCACCACCAACUGCCUGGCCCCCCUUGCCAAGGUCAUUCAUGAGCGAUUCGGGAUUGUGGAAGGACUGAUGACCACAGUCCAUUCCUACACGGCCACCCAGAAGACAGUGGAUGGGCCAUCCAAGAAGGCCUGGCGAGACGGACGAGGAGCUCACCAGAACAUCAUCCCAGCCUCUACAGGGGCUGCCAAGGCCGUGGGCAAAGUCAUCCCAGACCUCAAAGGGAAGCUGACAGGAAUGGCGUUCCGGGUACCAACCCCAGACGUGUCUGUCGUGGACCUGACCUGCCGCCUAGCCCGGCCGACCACAUACUCGGCCAUCAAGGAUGCCAUAAAAGCAGCAGCCAAGGGGCCAAUGGCUGGCAUACUUGCCUACACGGAGGAUGAGGUUGUCUCUACGGACUUUAUCGGCGAUACCCACUCUUCCGUCUUCGAUGCUAAAGCCGGCAUCGCGCUCAACGACAAUUUCGUGAAGCUCAUUUCCUGGUACGACAAUGAAUACGGCUACAGCCACCGGGUGGUGGACCUCCUCCGGUAUAUGUUCAGCCGAGACAAGUGAAGUGCGACAGCCCCUCCACUCCCCUGUGCUCCCUGCCCAGAACCUCUACCUCCCGCAGAGGGGAGGCGCCCGGCGCGCGGCCGCCCGUGGGCCGCCGGUGAAAUAAACACU